CAGAGCACUCCAACCAGCCGGAGCUUUGUCAUACGUCAACAGAAACAACUAUGAAAACUAAAUAAUUAUCCAUUAUUACUCUUCUUAAGCAAUAGAUGAUAAACGGAAUCAAUAAUCUGAUCGUAUGGGAAGAAUAUACCUCCGGCUUCCACAAUGGAGCAACAUUCAAAGCAUGCUAACUCUUCGCCAUAUGGUAUUCUUCGUUGGAGCAGCUAUAGUCAUUGUCAUCCUAGUGACCCUCUUCACAGCUUCACUGAUGCGUGACAAUGAUAACAACACAACACCUGCAUCCAAACAUUUCUUACCCACCGUGAACUACGGAAAUAAAGAACUGGACUUACAGUAUUUCAACCACGGAGCCAGAGUGCACUAUGGUAUAGUUCUGGAUUGUGGUAGCAGUGGGACGCGUGUUUAUGUGUACGUGUGGCCGCCUCAUUCAGGCGAUCCCCAAGACCUGCUGAACAUUCAGCAGCUAAAGGACCAUUCAAAUCAGCCAGUGGCGAAAAAAGUCACACCAGGAUUGGACACAUUUGCUGACCGCCCAGAAAAUGCUAGCGACUACCUGGAACCUCUCCUACAGUUUGCUGCCUCCCACAUCCCCAAGGAACAACACAAGGAGACGCUGCUGUACAUACUGGCUACUGCUGGAAUGAGGCUGCUACCAGAGGUUUCCCAGCAAGCCAUACUGCAAGACCUGCAGCGGGACAUUCCAAAGAAGUUUGAUUUUGUGAUAGCCGAGAACAAUUUUGAGGUGAUCAGUGGUAAACUAGAGGGUGUGUAUGCGUGGAUCGCUGCCAACUAUGCACUGCAGAAGUUCAAUCAUGGAGAUGCUGAUAAAUAUGAUCAUCCACUUGUGGCUGUGGACAUUGCAGACGAGAAUGGGGAGAUAACUCAGCAUGUGCGCCGUAGGACAGUGGGAAUGCUGGACAUGGGAGGGGGGUCCAUGCAGAUAGCAUACGAGAUCACAGCUAAUGCUGAUUCUAUACCAAAGCAUCUCAUGGCUGAGUUCAACCUGGGAUGUAGAUCUUAUGACAAAGAACACACCUACAAAGUCUAUGUCACCACUUUCUUAGGUUAUGGUGCAAACGAGGCCAGAACAAGGUAUGAACAGCAGCUGGUACAACAAGUCAAAGAGCGCCAAUCAGUGAAACAGAAACAGGCCGCAUUACUUGGCAUGGCUGAUCCCGGUCAAGUCAAGAUACAUCAGGAACCUGUGAAGGAACCUGUCGUUGAUACGAAGCGCGAAGAAUCACAGCAGAGAGUCAUUGAUUCGCAGCAAGGAGUCUUAGACUCACAGCGUCCCGUUGUGGAUUCACAGCAGAGUGUCAUUGAUUCGCAUCACGGAUUCUUAGAUUCACAGCGCCCCAUUGUGGAUUCACAGCUCUUGCAGCAUCAAGUCCGUAGAGUUGUGGAUUUACAGAAUCCUGUUGUUGAUUCACAGCAAAGAGUCUCUAAUUCACAGCAACAAGUCUUGGAUGCACAGCACCCAAUUGGGGAUUCACAGCCCCCUGUUUUAGAUUCACAGCAACAAGUCUUUUAUUUGCAAAAACCUGUUGUGGAUUCACAGCAACAAGUCUUAGAUUCACAGCACCCUUUUGUGCAAUCACAGCAGAGAGUCUUAGAUUCACAGCACCCUGCUAAGGAUUCACAGCAACAAGUCUUAGAUUCAUAUCACAAUGCCAUUGAAUCUGAUCACCAAGUCUUAGUCAAGGAUUCACAGCAACAAGUCCUCGAUUCACAUGCUGUCCAGUCAAUCAAUGAUCCCAUACAGAUAUUGCCUCAAGUACCUGCGGGAAAGUUAGACAUUGCCCAGCCGGGGAAGGACGGUGAUCUCAUGCAGACUCGACUGAAACGCUCCAUAAUAAAUGAGGUGCCUUUGUUGGACAAGCAGUCGGCCAGUUUAAACAAAAGAACUGUCAACAUCUCUGCAGCUGCAAUUUCCAGCAAUCAUAUUAAGGAGCAAAUUCCAAACGGGGGAACAAUCCAUCAGGUGCGACCCCGAAACAUUUCACCCCCACAGGAUCUCAACAAUAUGGGUCAAAGGACCAAUCCCUUUGCUAGCAUAUCUGACCCCUGUCUACAGGACGGACUUGCCCUGCCCCCUCGCGACCCUGAUGACCUUGACCUAGAUCCCGGGGUGGAGGUGACCUUUGUGGGGACUGGUGAUUAUCGGGCCUGUAAAACAACCCUGGAGCCGCUAUUAAAUCGAACUGUUCCUUGUAAACUCUCACCAUGUUCAAUGAAUGGUGUACAUCAGCCUGAAAUCUUGUAUAAGAACAGUCAGUUUUAUGGGUUCUCAGAAUUCUGGUAUACGAUGGAAGACGUGUUCAGAAUAGGCGGGAAUUACGAGGCUGGAAUAUUUGAGACUUAUGCAAAGGACUUCUGUGGCAAGCAGUGGUCUCUGCUGAUGACUCAGCACAAGAAAGGGCUGUACCAGAAAGCAGAUAUGGAGAGGCUCAAGCUGGAGUGUUUCAAGUCGGCCUGGAUGACCACUGUGCUACACAUGGGGCUGGGUUUCCCAACGGAGUACAAGGGGCUGCAGUCUGUGCAGCUGAUCAACAACGGAGACGUGCAGUGGACCUUAGGGGCCUUGAUCCACCGGACACGAUAUCUGCCCCUCAGGGAGAUUCAGGAACAUUCAGAGUCCAAGUUCAAGCCAUCAUGGCUGAUAAGCUCUCACAUCCUCUACAAUGAGUACCUGCUAGUCAUCUGCUUUGUCAUCGUUGUCAUGGCGAUCAUCAUCUACUGUCGACGUCUGCGACUGUGCGCAAAGAAAACGGGGCGGCCGGAUAUGAAGAACGUCCCGUCCAUGUCGUACUUUAUGACAGAAAUGGAUCAGGUGGAAUCAGGCGUGCGACAAUUGAACGAGUAUUCGUAUCCCAAUGAUAGAUGAUAGGAAAUGAUGUCAUAAUGUAAUUCAUUGUCUGAUGAUAAUUGACAGGAAGUAUCAUGAUAUCAUUCAUAGCCUGAUAUGGAAUAUUCGAAUAUCAUUCCUAGCCUAAUGAUGGAAGACAGGAAAUGAUGUCACAGCCAGACAAUGGUUGGCAUGAAAUGAUGUCACCAGUAUAUGUCAUAUUAUUCUUAGCCAGGAUAUUAAAAAAUGACAUAAUUUUAUAUUAUUUUAAGACAGAAAAUUGCUGGAAAUGAUAUCACAUCAUUCUUCAUCCAAAAAUUAACGGCAGAAAUUAAGUUAUUCACAUCCUGUCAAUCAUGAUUAACUAAUGUGGUGCAAUAAGUGUACUAAUUUAUGACUGACAUAAUGUCAAAACACUUUUCAUGAAUGUUCAGCUAACAGGCAUUAUAUUGGUGCAAGGACUAUAACAGAAGCCUCAUACUGAGACAACUGGGCUAAAUGCAUGUGCUUAAAGUGUUGUCCCAGAUUAGCAUGUGCAGUAUGCACAGGCUUAUCAGGGACGAUGAUUUCCUCUUGACUUGAUUUUAGUUGAAAAGACUUUUGACUGCACAGGCUUAUCUGUGAUGACCCUUAUUGCACAUGUUUUAAGCCGGGCUUUAUCAGAAUAAGGCUCAUUUAAGUCAAUCUUGUGGAUGAGACCACUUAAAUUAAGCGACCUUUGUCUUAUGCGACCACUUUGAUUUGAAUGUUUAGAGACGCAGUAAUUAUAUAAUGCACAUUUUGAUCAAAAGUCUUUGUAUAAAAUCCCCCAAGUAUAUACAAUUUAGGCAAAAUGAUAUUUUAAUAAUACAUAUUUAUUUUAUUAAAUGUAUAUGUUGAGCUGUAGUUUUAUCAAACGUGUGAUAGCUGAUAUUGAUUCAGCUGGAAUUAUUUUAAACAUAUCAUUUUCAAGGAAUGUUUUUUUCAAAUGGCAUUCUUUUUCGCAACCAAUUAGUUACCAGUACUGAUUAUUUUACAACUCUGAGAAAAUAUAGCUGAAAGUUUCUAGACUGCUUGAAUGUGUAAAUAUCUGAGCCUCACUCUUGCAACACUGGGCUUGAUGCAUCAUGUACAGUCCACACAGGCUAAUCAGGGACAACAAUUUCCCCCUACACUCGAGUUUUUAUGCUCCCAAUAUAUAUAUAUAUAUAUAUAUAUAUAUAUAUAUAUAUAUAUAUAUAUAUAUAUAUAUAUAUGCUGAGCAUAUAGUUGCAAGUUUGGGGGUCCUUACUUACUUCCGUCACAUUCUUGUUACUGUUUCUCAUAGCGCCUUCAAUAUUUUACAGAUCUCUUACAUAUUUGGCAUGUAGGUACCUUGCAUGGACCUCUACCUUUUGAUGAUGUUUGAGGUCAAUGGGUUCACGGUCACUGGGGCUAAUAAUAGAUUUUUCCGUCACAAUUUUGUUACAGUUUCUCAUAGCACCUUAUAUAUUUUUACGAUCUCUUACAUAUUUGCCACUGGGGUCAAUGUCAUGAGGCUAAUAAUAGAAUUUCUCAAAGUCACACUUUUUUCCACACAAUUAAACCAUGUAUCGGCAAAGCAUCAUUGGGGAGCAUCCAUCAGUUUUACUGAUAUCCUUGUGUUUAGAAGAUCCAGUGCAUUAAGCCCAGUUUUCCUAUAACAUGAGUCAUAUUAUUCUCACGCUAACACAUGUACAUAUAUUUGAUUUGAAAAGUCUGAAAAUGUCAUAAUAAAUAAUGAAUUAUUGAUGAUACAAUUUUGUCAUUAUUAUUUAUAAUCAUGGUCUCUAUAUAACAUGUUGCAUUGUAUUUUUCUUAAUGUUACAUAAAAUUAGUAUCCCUGUUUACUUAUAAGAUUAUACUGUGGAUUCAUGAAUUUCAUUAACAUUAAAUUUUCAGGAUUUUUUAAAUGGGUCAUAUUUGUUGGAUCGUAAUUUCACGCUGAUGUCUGAUAUAAGACUUUGGACCUAAACGAUCAUAGUACAUUUGAUGUAUUGGAAGAGUGGACCCACGACAAUUCUUGAAAAUAUGACAAAUAUUAUUGGUUUCAUGGUCUCUUAUUUUCAUUUAUGUACUUCUGAAAACUAUGAAAGACAUAUUAUGACUUUUAUCGCAUUCAAUUUUAAAGGAUAUCUUAAAUCUAGUAAAAAAAGUUGCAAGAAUGUAGAUUUUUGACAAGAGUUUCAGAUGUUUGUAUGAUUUAUGUAUUGAUUGGUAAAUUAAAAAAAAAUCAUUAUUUAUAUUUGUAUACCUCUUGCUCAAUUAAGUAAUAUGGUGGGAUAUACUGGAUUCAGAUGGACUUUCUUGACGUCCAGCCUUUGGAUUUCUUGCCUGUGGGUAUAUCUUGAAAAUAAUAAACGGUAUCCAUGUCAAAUUUCGCAGGUAGACUGAUCUUAUCUCCGGAGAUAACUUUAACUCUUUUUCCCUUAUUUUAUUGGUAUUGCUUAUUUAUUUGUAUACUAUAAAAUUAAUAGAGAAAUAAAUUUGAAACAUAAUAUUUAGGUGAUCUAUUUUUAUGUUUUAAUAACAUUUUGUCUACAGCAUAUCUUGAAAACAGUAAGAGGUAUGAAUUUCAUACUUAAGACGUAGAUAAAUCUCACUGAGUGAUGUGCACCUCACAAGACAAUUGCUUCCAUAUUUUCUUAGUAAUUGCUCUUUGUGUAUUUAAUUGUUUUAUUUGUCUUGGGUAUCUUGAAAGCUUGAAAGCUCUUUGAGGUUAUGAGAGGUAUAAGUUUGAAAUUUCAAACAAGAGCCAUGUAUCGUUAUAUUUGUACAGUUAUUGAUCUUAAGUUAUUCUUGUUCUUUAAACCAAACAAGCAAAGCCUCUGACAAAGUAGCAUUCUAUGUGUGUGUGUGGGGGGGGGGGGGGGUAUUUGAGGAACAAAAGUUACAGGUUUACUUUGAUCUAUGCUGGUAUAUUAACAUGUGUUUAAUUGACGUCCAUUUUGUAAUGAUGCAAGACUUUUUUAUUUCAAUGUAAAACUAUAAUAUGGAAACUAAUGCUAUUUAUUAAUAUUAAAUGGAUUGAUUUAGA